UAAGCGGCGCAGGUCAGUCUGUCAGGCAACCGGUCUGUUACUCGGUCCAACCGAUCGUCUGUCCGCGCGUUCACGGUUCGAUCCACCCCAUUCACACUCACGAUUUUUUGAACACAUCUUGCUCUUCUUGCUAUUUAAUGUCUGACCGGUCUCGUUGGCUCACUUACACACGUCACUCACACACACUGAUAACAAGCCUGGGGCCGCCUGAUCACCAACCUUGCUCCAUGUUGCUCAGUUUGCUACCCAUCAGUGCUUGAUAACGUUUCGAAGUGAUAGUAGGCGGUAGUGCGGCCUUUUUGAUAAGGAUACCUGGUGAGGAUGCUCAGUUUGUUGAUGAGUGAUCAUCAGAACCUAGCUGCUGCAUCCACUUUGUGCUUAUGACCCUUCAGACUGAUAGAGGAGCUAUGGUCCUUGGUGUGCGCCUCGAUUAGUGUUUUUAACUCGGAAGAUUAAAUUAGCUCAAGUAUUCGUUAGUGGAAGUGAAUUGAAGUUUUAUUGAAGGACUUGGUGUGAUUAGUUAGAAAUUGACUGACGGAUCUGUGAUUUGUGAUUGGAGAUUAGGACAGUGACCUGGAACAAAAUAGUUACCAGUGUAGCUGGGGACUUUGGUGGUGUCUGCGGGUGUAGGUGAUGUUGCUGGAGUCGCGAGGAAUUGCUGCAAGGAAGAGAAACGGACUGACCCUGACUACCUACGGCGGGGUGGGUCCUGGCAGCGAGGAGGACGAGGAGGACUCAUCACAGUCACUUCUCGGGGGUGGCGCCGACGGCGGGAGAAUGCCGCGAUGCGGCGAACCCGAGACAACUCCUGUCUCUGUGACACCCGGAGUCAUUCCUGACAGAUGUCCUGCGAGAGAUGACGGUCCUGAAGGCGAUGAUAGCUCCAGGUCGCCCAACAGUAGCCUCCUUAAUAAUUUGAAUAACAACAACAGCAGUAGCAGCAGUAAUUGUAACUCCAACCGGCAAUGUGCCACGGACUUCAGCAUUGCUGCCAUUAUGGCACGGGAUUCACGUCAACAACAACAGCAAGCUCAUCAGCAUCAACAGCAGUCCAAUAGGCAUCUUCAACAAUCUAUUGGCGGGAAGCUUCAUCAGCUUGAAAGAGAAGCAAGUGGAUCAGGAGUAAGCAGGAUACCACCAGCAUCUCAAGACUCAGUGGACAUAGACGACGAAAUAGAAGCUGAUGAUGCCGGAAGCACCAGUGGAAAAGCGCCAUCCCCUUCAAAUCCUCUCCUUCAGGAGCAUUCGAAUUGCGAGGAAUUAAGGCACGUCGUCUGCCACCUGGAGACAAAAGAACUCUGGGACAAGUUCAACGAAUUGGGCACCGAAAUGAUAAUCACAAAAACCGGAAGGAGGAUGUUUCCGACCUGUCGAGUGUCUUUCAACGGACUAAGACCUGACGGUCGGUAUGCUGUGUUGAUGGACAUUGUACCAGUUGAUAAAAAAAGGUAUAGAUACGCCUACCACAGGAGCUCGUGGCUGGUGGCUGGAAAAGCAGAUCCUCCAGCGCCAGCGAGGCUCUAUGUUCAUCCCGACUCACCCUUCACGGGAGAACAAUUGAGGAAGCAGAUUGUUUCUUUUGAAAAAGUUAAGCUUACUAACAAUGAAAUGGACCGACAUGGGCAUCUGGUAUUAAAUUCAAUGCACAAGUACCAGCCGCGAAUCCACCUGGUGAAGCGACCGGACUCAGGUGCCAAGGACCCAAUAGAGGAUCUUGAACGCGAGCCACACAAGACCUUCGUAUUCCCGGAGGCCAUUUUCACCGCCGUCACCGCCUAUCAGAAUCAGCUCAUAACGAAACUGAAGAUAGACAGUAAUCCGUUCGCAAAGGGCUUCCGGGACUCUUCACGUCUCACGGAUUUCGAGAGUUUCCCUUUCAGGGAAACGAUGGAGUCAAUGUUAGCGGAGCAACAGUCGAUGAGAUUUCCCCACCGAUUUCCCUUCGAGAUGGAGCAGCUUCAAAGCGGCGCGAACAACUUGAGCCUGGAGGAAAAAGCUCUCUGGGCAGCGAGAUCGCAGAUUCUCCUGAGAGCUGCUGCAGCCGCGGCGGUGGGUCCUUACGCCCAGCUGGUAAGUCCAGCUCUGGUGUACCCAAGUGCCUCGACAGUCGCGGGAUCUAGCCACCAGCAGCAGCAACACCAGCAACAACAACAGCAGCAACAGUUAGGUCACCUCUGGUGGGCCUCAUCUCUGGGACCAACGCUUUUCGCAGCGGCCCACCACCACCAACAGCAGCAACUCGCGGCCUCCAGUUCCCAGCAAAGUCCUCCCCCAGGUCCCGCGGCCCCGCGGCCGAUCUACCCCUCGGCUCUCGCGCUAGCUCAUCACAGAUUUUCCCCAUAUCCGAGUGGCAUCGCCGGACGAAAACCUUCCGUCCCUUCAGCACCUUCUCCCUCAGCUUCCAGGAGAGCUACGCCUUCACCCACCGAUAGUCUUUACCGCGAAGCACAGGAUUUAUCACCCUCGUAGUCAUCGACUAUCUUGUAAAUCAUCACAUCAUUUUCAUCUUCAUUGUCAUUGUCAUUGGUUUACUUGUUUUGUAAUUAAAUGUUAUAUUAAAAAAGCUCGCAGUUGAAAAUUUUGGGAUACAUUUA